AUGGUAGUGCCUAGGAAAAUCACACUGAAGGAAGCGAGAGCUCUAGAUUUUAUGUUCCAACCAAGGGGUGGAAUCAAUGCCAUCACUUUGAGGUCUGGCACUACACCGCAAGAGAGGAGUCCCAAGGAGCAAAGCUCAAAAGAAGAUAUUCAAGUUGAAGAUAUUGUUGAGCUAGAAGAUAUAGAAGAAGAGGAAGAAGUACAAGGUACAGUUGCAGAAGAAGUAGCUCAACCAAAGAAUGGAGUACCUAAGGAAGAUGAUGUUAUGAGAGAAGCAAUUCCCAUCCCUUUUCCAUACCUUGCUAGGAGGACAAAGAAGCAAAUGGAGCUAGACCCCAAAAUGGUAGAAAUCUUCAAAAAGGUUGAGGUAACUAUUUCCCUUUUUGAUGCUAUUCAACAAGUACCUAAAUAUGCUAAGUUUCUAAAAAAUUUGUGCAUGCAUAAGGAUAAAAUCAAUGAUCUAGAAACUAUUCCUUUAGGUAGCUCUAUUUCUGCUUUAAUGGGUGCUUUACCAAAAAAAUGUGGAGAUCUCGGUCCAUGCAUGGUUACUUGUAUAAUAGGGGGUGUACAAUUUUUUGACUGCAUGUGUGAUUUAGGUGCAUGUGUGAGUAUUAUGCCAUUAUCUAUAUAUGAUGCUUUGAAGCUCCCUCCCUUAAAAAGGUCGGCAGCACGUUUUGUUUUGGCAGAUAAAAGCAUAAUCUCGGUGGUUAGAAUUGCUGAGGACGUGCUGGUGAGCAUUAAGGGGCUAAUAUUCCCUAUUGACUUCUACAUUUUGGAGAUGCCCCCUAAUGACUCAGGAAGACCAUCGUCCAUCCUGCUUGGAAGGCCAUUUCUGAAGACUUCAAAGUUUAAGUUGGAUGCCUUCUCAGGAACGUAUUCUUUUGAGAUAGAUGGCAGAGUAGCAAGUUUCAACCUUGAUGAGGCCAUGAAGCACCCACCAGAAGAUCAGUCCAUCUUCCAGUGCGAUAUUAUUGAUGAGAUUGUAGCUAAAGUUCUCACUAAGAGACAACAGAUAAAAUGA